AACGGACUUUUAUUUUGGGCUGACGGUGUGACGUCAUAAGGCUGCUCCGCGUUCUGGUGAUUCGACUGUAGAAAGUGUCCAAACAGAAAAACUGGUGAAGCAGCUGAGAUCCACGUAACACACCAAAGAUGGCGUUUAUUAAAGAGGAGAGUGAAGACAUGAAGAUUGAAGAAGCAUUCAGAGUCAAACAUGAAGAUACUGAGGAACAAACAAAGAUGGUGUUUAUUAAAGAGGAGAGAGACGACAUGAGGAUUGAAGAUGCGUUCAGAGUCAAGCAUGAAGAUACUGAGGAACAAACAGACCUACUGGCUUUGAAAGAGGAAAAAGAAAUACUUAAUGAAAUUGGAGAGGAAGAUCAACAUGAGGAUCUUCAAAAGACAGGAACUAGAAGUUAUUUCGCUUGUUUCAGUCAACAAGGAAACUUUAAAGUCCACAUGAGAAUUCACACUGGAAAAAAACCUUUCACAUGCACUCAGUGUGGAAAAAGUUUCACUCUUAAAAUAGGUCUUAAAAGGCACAUGAGAAUUCACACUGGAGAAAAGCCUUACACAUGCCCUCAAUGUGGAAAAGGUUUCUGUCAAAAUGGAAACCUUAAAGUCCACAUGAGAAUUCACACUGGGAAGAUCUAUUUCACCUGCCAACAGUGUGGGAAAAGUUUCACUCGUAAAGCAAAUCAUGACAGACACAUGAGAAUUCACACAGGAGAAAAGCUUUACACAUGCCAAUACUGUGGAGAGAGUUUUGCUCAACGUGAAAACCUUACUGUUCACAUGAGAGUUCACACCAGAGAGAAUUCUUACUUAUGCUUUCAGUGUGGAAAAAGAUUCCAUCAACAUAGAAACCUUAAAGUCCAUAUGAGAACUCACACUGGAAAAAAGCCUUUCACCUGUGAACAGUGUGGAAAAAGUUUCACUCGUAAAUUAGGUCUUAAAAGGCACAUGAGAAUACACAAUGGGGAAAGUCCCUUCACCUGCCAAUUUUGUGGAAGAAGUUUCACUCAAAAAGGAACCCUUAACAGGCACAUGGGAAUUCACACUGGGGAGAAGCCUUUUUCCUGCCAACUGUGUAGAAAAACCUUCACUCGUAAAAUAGGUCUUGAAAGGCACAUGAGAAUUCACACUGGAGAAAAGCCUUAUAAAUGCGCUCAAUGUGGAAAAAGUUUCAUUCAACAUGGAAACCUGACAGUCCACAUGAGAAUACACAAUGGAGAGAGUCCCUUCGCCUGCCAACAAUGUGGAAAAAGUUUCAAUCAUAAAGGAAGCUUUAACCGGCACAUGAGAACUCACACUGGAGAGAGGCCUUACAUAUGCCUUCAUUGUGGAAAGACUUUCGAUCAACAUGGAAACCUUAAUGUCCAUAUGAAAAUUCACACUAGGGCCUGGCAAUAAAACGAUAAUGAUCACAAUAUGAUUUUUCUUUCUUGAACAGCAGUUUACUUGCUGAUCGGUCUUGCUCACACAACCAUAUCCAAAAGAGUGCUUGAAUAUAGUGAAGAACAUUACAUUUCUUGUUGAUUUAGUUUAAAAACUGUGCUGACGCUUUUAACAGGAGAAAUACUGUGCCGUGAACAAUACAGUUAGAAGGCUUUUCCAUGGAUUUACUAUAGUAACACUGCACCAUGGUAUUGUGGCAGAAAUGU